GACGGUUACAAAAUGUUACAGCCCCCUUCUUCUUCCCCAUUCAUACCCAAUAUUUCAGCUGAAAGACACAAAGAAAUUGGCCGAAGUGAAGAAGGAUCACUGGCGAUGGGAGCUUUGGCUGCUGCCGCUCAGUUGGGCGACUUCAAGACUGUAAAGAAACUAUUGGAGAUCGGGGUGGACAAAGAUUUCAUGCCGGAUCUCGACAGCAAGGAGAGGAACACCUUGCUAGACUCGAUAAACAUCAAAUUAGACAACAUAGAACAGCUUAUCGAGGGUGGGCUAGUGUCAAUCCCUAGUUUAAGGACCGUCAAGAAGGGUCCUUUCGCCAAGGGCAUGUUCAAGAUAAUCUUCAUCCCAGGGACAGAAUUCGUGAUGCACCUGAUGAUCGAAACGGCCAUGAUGGGCUCCUGGAACCCCUCCAACAACUCUGAAGGCUUCUAUCCGCUGCACUACUUUUGUUCGCUUCCCGACAUACCCACCGGGGCGAUCAACGACCUUCUAGAUUUACACCCGGUUGAUAUAAAUGAAAAGACCCUGAAUGGAUUCACAGCCUUGAUCAUUGCCGUCGCCAGGAAAAAUUUUCCCGUAGUUAAAUUUUUGAUCGAAAAAGGGGCUCUUCUGAAUUAUGCCCCGAUUGUUAAGAUCGCCAUAGAUGAAUUGGGAUCCUAUUAUCCGUAUUUGAAAGUAUUUUCUCCGGUAAAAGUAACUUUCCCACAGAUGCACUACUACUUCUCGCCAGUGGAGGCAGCUGUCUUUGCGAAUGAGCAAGACAUCCUCUGCUAUUUGGUGAAGAAGGGCGCUAAAGUCAUUAUAAACCAGGGCCUCUGGAACACCCUGAUCCACCCCAUUGUGAGGGGAAGACGGAGACUCGUCGAAAUGCUGCUAGAUAACGGUGUGGACGUCAACGUGGUGGACUUAAUGGGAACUUCCUCUCUACAUAAAGCCGCCAUGGAAAGUAGCAUCGAUUUGACAUACGUCUUGAUGAGGAGAGGCGCUAAUGUUAAUGCCCAAGACAGGCAUGGCUGGACUCCGCUCCACAUUGCGUGCCUUUUUUCACGAAACGUCUCCCUAGAGAUCAUACAACUGCUGCUGGAUGGAGGGGCAGACAUUGAAGCGACAACUGAAUUCGGCUUUACUCCGUUAUGCCUCGCCGAGGCAGGUAACGAUCUUUUCUUUUUGGGAUUCCUGGCAGAGAACAUGGACAAACUCGGCAAAGGUUUGAAGGAAAUAUAUAUGCCUGAAGAAGACACGAGAAAGGAGCACGAGGACAUAAUGACCCUAUUGCUGGACAAUGGAGCCAGCUGCAACCACCAGGACGACCACUUGGGAUGGACGGCACUGCACUGGGCCGCGGCAUCCGGGGACCUAAGAACGACACAGCUGUUGGUGUCGAGGGGUGCAAAGGUCAGCAUCAGGUCCAGGUUCAAUUUUAACCCUUACCAAACUGCCUUAUAUUUCAACAGAGGGCCGGUUAGUGCCUACCUCUUCACAGUCACUGAUGAGGCUAAAAAUAAGUAAUCACCUUAAUAAAAAAAAAUAUUUCCUUUAGACAUAUUUCUACUUAUCUAAUUUUUAUUUAUAGAACUACUUAUUUAUGGUAUUAAUAAUUUUAUUAUGGUGUUAAUGUACAAUUUUCUAAAAUAAUGAUGGGUAGUCAAAGAUGCAACCAAUUGGUUAAUUUUUUUAAAUGUUUAUGUAACAUUAGAUUUUUAAAAGAUUUUGUAAUGUUUCUUCAAUUAGUUUGGGAGGCUAGGUUUUUGAAUACAUCAUUUCUUGAUAAAUAUUUUAAUGUAAUCAUUAUAUUACAUUAUCAUUGCAUUCACAAUUCUGAGGUUUAGAUUUUUGGAGAAUACGCUAAUGGUAUAUCUAAAUCAGACUGGCUUUAGAUAAUUUAGUAGUUGAGUUCUAAUUAAUAAAAUAAUAAUAGAUAAUAUUAGAAAGAAUACAUUUUGAAUAGUCAAUGAAUUCGAUCUAUCUCUCGCUAUAUAUAUUUUGCGUGUUUUUCAAAGAGUUAUUAUUUGUUCAAGUAGGUUCUUGCUUAUAACUACUUAUUUAUCUAAAAUAUUUAUGUUGCUUUCAGUUUUUUAAUGAUUUUAACCUGCCAUUAUUUAUAAAUGUUAUUGUUUGGCCUGCUAGUUUUUAAGUAAUAAAUUCAUGACAAAAUUUAAAUUGAUUUUGUUGUUUUUAAUGUUAACUUUUUUAUUAAUAAAUUUACCAUACAUCAUUAUUGCUCGGUAAACUUUUACUUAAGAUUGUUAUGGAAAUCUUCCACAGUGUUUGAAGUUUGUGUCUACUUAAUUUUUUUUUUAUAUAUAAAUCAGACUGAAUGUAUAUACUUAAAUAUGUUUGUUCUAAUACGAAUGUGUAUGAUUUUGGAUGGAGUAUAUUGAAAAGGAUUAUUGUAUAGUUAUCAGAAUCCAAUUAUUAUAAGACAUAAAAUAUUGAUAUAGUUGGCAGCCCUACGGCGAAUUCACGCGGCUCUUGAAUGGUAUUUGGAAGGAAAGUGUUUAUUUUCCCAAUAUUACUUACAAAGUAUUAAUAAAUAUACACCUUUGCUUGAAAAUUAUAUCGUAACCUUUUAAUAUUUGUAUAUUUUUGUACACAAUGUAUUAGUAUUAUAGGAAAAUAAAAUGUUAGUCUGAUACCGCAUGAGUUCACAUUCUUGUCUCCAAGAAAUCCUGGCCAAGUGAUAGUUUUGGAUUUAAUGACUAUUCCUCCAGAUACAUUUUUACAAUGAUUUUUAAUGCUAUAAAGUAUAAUUUAAAAAAUAAUAUUGCAAUUAAUAAAUUGUGAGUAGUCAAUGGAUUGUAUUAGUACUUUUUUUUUUUUUAUAAGUUUGUAUGUCUGUUUCAAGCUGUUUCUAAGUAUGUAUUAUGAAUAUUUAUGUAACAUUGAAAUUUUUAAUUGUUUUAACCCGUCAUUAUUCACAAAUGAUAUUAUUUGGCUUGCUAAAAAAUAAAUUAGGUAUUAAAUGUAGUGCAUUUUUUAUAUUGAUAGUUGUUAUUUAUAAUCUGAAAAUUUUGAUUAAAUAUAACUUAAUCUGACAUCAUUCUUGUUCUAUACCCAUAUCCUUUCCACUAUUGCGGAAUAUUUUUGUUAUUUUUUUACGUAUUUUAGAUUCACUUAUAUUGAAAAUAUUAAUCUCCUACUUUUUUUAUUUAUUUAUUUUUUAUUUUCUCACUUUUUGUAUGGUUCAAAAUAUUUUUGUCAUGUCCAUACAAAAAGAAUAUUAAAGGAAAAUUUCGCACUAAAAUUUUAACAAAAGGUGAUGAUACCUUUCUUUGCGUCAGUUAUUUAAAUUAUAGAAAAUCUGAUCAUGGUCAUUUGUGAGUAUUGAUUUUAUGUCUAAAUACUAGCUUCUACUUCAUUGUAAUAAUAAUUGAACAAAUAAAGAUUUACUAUUUAAAAUAAAAUCAUAUGAAUUUUAAAUUAAAAUAAAUCAAAAGAAGAUAUUUAUAAUUUUCUUUCCCCAUCUCCCUUUUACUCAUCCUAGGCAAAAUUAUGGAAAAGCUCAUCCUAAAACGCCUGUACCCCAUCCUAGAUUCUAAUCACAUUAUCCCAGAUCA